AUGGCCGAGCCAGGAUUUCAGCCAGGUCUGUCUGACUACAAAAGUCGCACUCAUCCUCUGCACCAUGCUACUGCCCACAGGAAGGAACGAAAGGGAAGGCAGAAAACCCUACUGAGUCCCAACUGUGUGCCCAGUGUCUGUGCUGCCACCUUCACAUUCAAUGCUUACAGUGACCUGCAAGGCGGAUAUUAUGAAUUGCUUUUCACAGAUCUUGAGAAUCCCCAAAGACAUCUAUUCCAACUGGCGAAGACUCCAGAGUUGAACAGGUGUCAUCAGAGAAAGCUGAAAUGUACUAGGUAUGAUGCAGCUUCAGAAUUAAGAGUCAAUGUCCAGAGUGCCUCGCCCACAGCUGCCGGACAAAGAGCGACGUCCAGACCCGGAGACACGGAGGCGACUGAGCCGGGCUUGGUGACAACUGGGAGCCCAGAGCCACCGUUGGGGGAAGAGGAAAGGGCUGGCCCGAACUCAGUCCCGGAGCGUGACUCUGCAGGCUCCUUGUCGACUCCUGAGGCCCCACUACCUGCUCCUGAGCCCUCCAGCCCCAACGCCGCGGUCCCCGAAGCAAAUCCUACGCCUCCUGAGGCGGCCUCCGCGGCCCUGGAGCUGCCCCUCGGGCCCGCACCGCUGGGCUCCGCGCCACUUGCCGAAGCCGCUCUACAUUCUCCGCCAGGCCCUGGCGGCUCCUGGCCCGGCCCAGAGACGUUCCGCCAGCGAUUCCAGCAGUUCCGCUACCAGGACACGGCAGGCCCGAGGGAGGCAUUCCGGCAGCUGCGGGAGCUCUCCUGCCGGUGGCUGAGGCCCGACAUCCGCACGAAGGAGCAGAUCGUGGAGAUGUUGGUGCAGGAGCGGCUGCUCGCCAUCCUACCCGAGGCGGCGCGGCCCCGGCGGCUUAGCUGCCGCACCGACGUGCGCAUCACAGGCUGAGCUGUGAGCGGCCCGGCCCGGGCCUCUCUGGACUGGAGCCAUGAUCGAGUCUCUCUUCACAACGCUUUAAUGAAAAACGCGUUUUGGCAACUCGUGUGUCCUUUUCGUUCGUCCUUUUACCAUGUUUAUUUUCCCGAGCCUGUUUCCAGCCUCCUUUCUGGCCGGUGGCGAAAUUAAGUUGAGAACCCAUGAGAAUAAAGCCUUUGUUUCUUAUUCAAAAAAAAAAAAAA